AUGGUUCCCGUACGGUCGUUUGUCCGUUGGUCUCGGGUCGAUCCGACGUCGUGAUUACCGCAUGGACGCUCGUCGUACUAGUGGUACAGCUGUGUUCGAGAAAUUCGGCAAAAAUGUUUUGCCCGUUUAGCUCCAAGUCCGCACCCGCCGCGCCCAGGCCGAGCAUCGCGUUGACGGAACAACGGCCUUUGAAUUUGAAGCAUCUCAGCGAGGCUGUCAGGACACUUACUUCGCCGCCGAAUGAAACGAUUUACUCUGCGUUCAAGUCGGUCGCUGAAAAUUUAAAAUGUCCAGAAUAUGCAGACAUCCUGAAAGAGCUACCAAAAGACUUCUCCGGUUCUGACGUCAGAUUAUUGGAAAUGAUUUUCGAAAAAGCACAACAAUCAUUAGGCGAAGGUGGUCCUAAAGUUAUCGAAGCGGUAGGUGCGACGCUCAUCCGGGAAUGCACCGACGACCGUUUAAUUCGGGCUCUGAAGAGUUUGGGCGGAAAUCUGUAUCAUUUUCUGACCACUCUGGACGGUGUUCAAGACGUUCUUCAGCUGGACGACGCGCAGGAGUCUAGCUCGCACUUCACUUGCCGUCCGGGUGACGAGCCAGGUGUGUUGGACUUGAAUCUGCGAACCAGCAGAUCAGAUGGAAAAUGCGUAGCUCACCUGUUGGCCGGUACGCUGUCGGGCGUGGCCACUAGAUUCUAUGGUUCGAGACCCGACGUCAAGCUUGGUACGCAUCCAAGCGACCCGUCACUCUACAGGUACACAAUAAGAACGACGGCGGCGACGGAUGCCGACGUUGAAGGCGAAUCGAUUCGAACUCUUUCACAUCAAGCCGGCGAUCUUAAAAUGGGCGUGACCAGUUUCUGCAAAGCAUUCCCGUGGCAUUUGGUCUUGGACGUUCGACUGGAAUUCGUGCAGCUGGGCAGUGGUUUCAUGAAGCUGUUCGGCAAGUGUUUGCAACAGUUCGGUCGUUCGGUGCACACAUACUUUAAAAUUAAAAGACCAAAAAACGUGCGGCUGACUUUUGAAGGAAUAGUAAACAGAGCCAAUUCUCCGUUUGUGUUAACGUUGUGUUUACCAGAACCGUUGAAAAAUCACUUGGCCGAGGGCCUGGAGUUCAAGGGUCAGAUGGUGUUGUGCAACGAGUCCGGGUCGUUGCUGUUCGUCGGCUCGCCAUUGCUGGACGGUCUGGACAGUUUAACCAGCCGCAGUCUGUUCAUAUCGGAUAUACCGUUACACGAUGCCACCAGGGACGUCAUAUUGGUAGGCGAGCAAGCCAGAGCCCAAGACGGUCUCCGCAGAAGAAUGGACAAGUUAAAGAGUUCGAUCGAAGAGGCCAACCUGGCCGUGGGAAAGGAAAGAGAAAAGAACGUCAGUCUGCUACACAUGAUUUUCCCACCGAACAUCGCCAAACGACUAUGGCUGGGAGAGACGAUAGAGGCGAAAACACACGACGAAGUGACCAUGUUGUUCAGCGACAUUGUGGGGUUCACGUCUAUCUGCAGCACAGCAACUCCGUUCAUGGUCGUCAACAUGCUGGAAUGUCUCUACAACAAGUUCGACGCCUACUGCGGCCAUCUGGACAUAUACAAGGUAGAGACGAUUGGCGACGCUUAUUGUGUAGCGUCAGGCUUGCACAAAUACAGUUCAAUACACGCACAACAAAUAGCGUGGAUGGCUUUGAAGAUGAUCGAGACGUGCAAAACUCACCACACACACGACGGAAAACCGAUUAGGAUGAGAAUCGGAUUGCACACCGGAUCCAUAUUGGCCGGAGUGGUGGGCGUGAAAAUGCCCAGAUACUGUUUGUUCGGCCACAACGUGACGAUCGCCAACAAGUUCGAGUCGGGCAGCGAACCUUUGCGGAUCAACGUUAGCCCCACAACUCACCAGCUAUUGAUGAAAACGCCAGGGUUCUCGUUCGAGGAAAGGAGCCGAUCGUGUCUGCCGACGGGAUUUCCUGAGCACAUACCGGGCACGUGUCAUUUCCUGUUGUCGUACACACAUCCCGACAUGUCGGCCGAAGUCGCCGCCGACUUGGACGCUCACAUCGCCACCGGCCUGAAGCAACUCACAUUGGACAGUUGAACGACAAACGCACCCAGAGCAUUAAAAAAAUGUAGAAACUCUCCUCUGUCGCAUUAGCGGUUUCUGUUACGUAGUAGCGCCAAAGGUCUACAAUAGUAAUUGUACUUAAUAUAUACAUACAUUCAUAGCACUACACUUAGCGAGCAGUUUGUAUAAUAUGUAUUAUUAAAAAAUUAGCAACCCGAUAUAAUUUAAUCGUUUAAAAAAACACUCUAUUGUCGAGAAUAAGGUAUAAUUGAUUGUGUACAUCGUUUGGGCCAAGAGUGUCCUGUUAUGUGAUUUUCCUCUGGUUCGCGCCAAAGGAAAAUCAAAAAAUUGUAGAUUCAAUGAUACUUUCUAUGCAAACGCAAUAAGCGCAUUUGUAUCGGAUAUUACACAGCUGUCAGUAUUUUUUUGCAAAACCUUAAGUGUUAUCCGUGACAAUUUUAUCUGGUAGAAAAACUGUUUCGCCGUACCGGUUGCAUGUUUUAUUUAAUAUGAAAAAAUGUUAGCCGGGUAGACCACUUAAAUAUGGACGACUCGAGAUGUUCAAUCGUUAAUUUAUUUCAUUAAAAAAAGAAAAAAAACCAAUGAUUUAGUCGAUAGUUUGAGAUUAACAGCUGCUAUUGACCGACAGCGAGCCAAUGGUAUGGCGAUUGGAAAUUAACAAUGAUGUUGAUUGCCACUGCUAUGACACAGGCUAUAAUAUGGUAGCUACAGAUAGCUCACUGGGCUGAAAACAAAGGAAAUUUUUUAUAAAAGACUGAUUAGGGUCUCGCGAAGAUACCAGUGUAGCCGCGUGAAUUAGUAUAAAAUAUUAUCGUGCAGAUGUUUUACAAUAUUGAUGUACAAAUUCCUUAUCAAUCAUACGAUUUAAACGAUAACUGACUAUAUAAUCACAGAUUACAUUUUUUUUUUUUUUUUGUUAUCUAAUCUGUGAUAUUAUUAUGAAAGUUCAUGCUUGAAUGUGCAGUCACACUGAUUUCAUUUUGAGUCACGUGACGUCACGGUGUUUGUUUACGUGCCGAGUGAGCUAUUUGUUUUCAUAUCGUACACCUAGAUUAAAACUGUAGCAACUCAAAAAAACCUUUUUUCCAAAAAACUUAUUUUUAAGUUUAUUUUAAUAAAACUGUUUUGUUCGACCAACUCACGUGCACUCCACUUGAUGUCCGGUCAGAAACUUAAGUUUUAAACGGUUUUGGUAGUUAAAACAGCUAUGGGAUUAGUGAUUUUUACAUAAGGUACCUACAGCGCCAUCUUUUGGAGAGUGAUCAAGAUAAAUUUAAAUUUGUUUUGCUGGAUCACGCAACUAGAAUCCGAAUAUACAAAUAACCAGAAAUAACCACUUUUUGAGUUGUUACAGUUUUGAUCUAGGUGUGCGGUAUAGUUUGUGGCUAUGUCAUUAAAGUGGCCUGUAGUGUUUUGCCAUGUUUUAAUAAUGCAGUUUUGUGUUUCGCGCCAAAUUUGCCACAUACGAGCAUUUUUCUCUUGUAGUACAAUUACUGGCUAUGCGUUUGUUUGGUUAAAAGCAUCCUGUAGGUUUGACAUAAUAAUAUCGUUAGCGUUUUAAUCUUGUGACGGAAUCAAUCAAUUUUUUAUCUUUUGUAAAAAAUACAAAUAUUUCCGAACAAAAUUAUUUAUUAUAUUGUAACUAUUAUUAUUAUUAUUACUAUAACUACUAUAAUAGAAUGCAUGAAUGAGCAAACAAUAAUCUAUUUCAAAAACCGACUAUUGUGAUCGACGUUAUUGUUCAUAAUGCUAUUAAUUGUGUUCCUAGUCUUUAAACGGUUCUUUCUUGUUUUUUAAUUAUUACAUUACUAAUAUAAAAAAAAACUAUAUUAAUUAUUAUUAUUAUUAUUUUAUUCGUGUAGCGUUAAGAUUGUACUAUAUUUAAUUAACACUAUUAUUUCAUAAAAUAUUAUUUAUAAUAUUGUAUAAAAUUUGUUUUAAUCAAAAUUGCUAUCGUUUCACGAUAUUCCGUUAACUCGAGCGAAAAUAUAGUUGUUUAAGUCGUUAAGUCUACACUAUUGUAUGAAGCAUAAUUAUUGUUAUAACAUAUAUAUCAUAAAUAUUAUAAUGUUUCAACAUGACUGUAUGCUUUUGCCCGAGUCUGGAACAAAAAUAAAACCCCAUUAGAACCGAGUAAUUUCAUUAAAAAUAAUUAAUAUCAUAUUUGUAUUUCUUAAUCGGUGCAUGAAGUUUAUUAAAUAAACGAAAUAUCCAAUAAAAAGGUUUUUUUAAGUUAGUAGCUGUUCAUUUGAUGAUGAACUCCAUAAAAAAAUUGGUUGUAAUUAAAACGUGAUUUCUGUUUGUCACAAACUUUAUAUUAACAAAUUAAUCAAUAUUGUUAUAAUUUAAUUGCAACCCGUUUUGAUCCUUCGGCCGUUUCUAUUAAAAUUAU